AUGGCCAUUGAAGUCGUCAAUCUCACAGAGGCCGAUAUCGUCGGUGCCAUCGAGGUUAUUCAGCAGGCUUUCGCCGAUGAUCCAUACUUCAAGUGGGUCUUUGAUGAAGAUAAGUUCAACAAAGCAAGAAACCACGAUUCCCUCACGGCAAGAUGCCACUGGGGAAUAGAAAAUGCAAUCUUCCAAGUCGCCAAAGAAUCCACCCCCACUGAUCCCGACUCCCAGUCCAAGGUCCUGGGUGUCUCCUGCUGGCUACCCCCAUCCCCACCCAAGACGCCUCAAACCUGGUCCAGCUACCUCUCAUCCUGGACCUUGACCUUCACCCAAAUAAAGAACAACAUCCGCUACCUUGGCCGCGGUGGACUCCGCACGAACAGGUACUGGAUCUGGAAAGAGCGCCAGGCAGAGGCGCAAGCUAAGCUCUGGACGGAUGAGCAGGGUUACUACUUCUGUAAUAUUGUUGCUGUUGCUCCGGAGGCGCAGGGGAAGGGUGUCGGUAGGCUUCUUUUCGAGGCUGUGACGAAACGCGCGGAUGAAGAGGGCAGGAGGUGUUAUCUGGAGAGCUCGAAAGAUGUGCCUAAUGUUGCUAUUUAUAGGAAAUUGGGCUUUGAGAUGGGUUUGACUAUGGAGUGUAAGGAUGGAGAGGAUGCUUGUAUGUUGUACUGCAUGGUUCGGGAUCCAAAGGCAGAGUGA